AAGCCCACGGUGAAUGAAGCUCACAGUCCCUGUCUCUGCAGACUAUGCAGACAAGCCCCUGGAGAAGCCCCUGAAGCUGGUCCUGAAGGUUGGAGGAAGUGAGGUGACCGAGCUCUCGGGGUCCGGCCACGACUCCAGCUACUAUGACGACAGGUCAGAUCAUGAGCGAGAGAGGCACAAAGAGAAGAAGAAGAAGAAAAAGAAGAAGUCAGAGAAGGAGAAGCAUCUCGGUGAUGAGGAAAGGAGGAAGCGAAAGGAGGAGAAGAAGCGGAAACGAGAGAAGGAGCACUGCGACACGGAGGGCGAGGCCGACGACUUUGACCCUGGCAGGAAGGUGGAGGUGGAGCCGCCCCCGGAUCGGCCAGUGCGAGCGUGCCGGACACAGCCAGCCGAAAACGAGAGCACGCCUAUUCAGCAACUACUAGAGCACUUCCUCCGCCAGCUCCAGAGGAAAGAUCCUCAUGGAUUUUUUGCUUUUCCUGUCACGGAUGCAAUUGCUCCUGGGUAUUCGAUGAUAAUAAAACACCCAAUGGAUUUUGGCACAAUGAAAGACAAAAUUGUAGCUAACGAAUACAAGUCAGUCACAGAAUUUAAGGCAGAUUUCAAACUGAUGUGUGACAACGCGAUGACUUACAACAGACCAGACACCGUGUAUUACAAGCUGGCUAAGAAGAUCCUCCACGCCGGCUUCAAGAUGAUGAGCAAACAGGCUGCUCUUUUGGGCAAUGAAGACACAGCUGUUGAGGAACCUGUUCCUGAGGUUGUGCCGGUACAAGUAGAAACUGCCAAGAAAUCCAAAAAGCCGAGUAGAGAAGUUAUCAGCUGCGUGUUUGAGCCUGAGGGCAACGCCUGCAGCCUCACCGACAGCACCGCAGAGGAGCACGUGUUGGCGCUGGUGGAGCACGCGGCCGACGAGGCACGGGACAGGAUCAACCGGUUCCUCCCAGGCGGCAAGGUGGGCUACCUGAAGAGGAGCGGGGACGGCAGCCUGCUGUACAGCGUGGUCAACACGGCUGAGCCGGACGCCGACGAAGAGGAGACCCACCCCGUGGACCUGAGCUCGCUGUCCAGUAAGCUGCUGCCCGGCUUCACCACGCUGGGCUUCAAAGACGAGAGAAGAAACAAAGUCACGUUUCUCUCCAGCGCCAGCACCGCACUUUCGACGCAGAACAACUCAGUGUUUGGCGACUUGAAGUCGGAUGAGACGGAGCUGCUGUAUUCGGCCUACGGGGACGAGACGGGCGUGCAGUGUGCGCUGAGCCUGCAGGAGUUUGUGAAAGACGCCGGGAGCUACAGCAAGAAAAUGGUGGACGACCUCUUGGACCAGAUCACGGGCGGAGACCACUCGAGGGUGCUCCUCCAGCUGAAGCAGAGGAGAAAUGUUCCCGCGAAACCUCCGGACGAAUCGAAGGCUGGGGACGCCCUGGGGGACGGCAGUGGCUCUGUUCUGGAUUUCGUGUCGGUGAAGCCGUAUCCUGACGUGUCUCUGGACAUCUCCCUGCUCAGCUCUCUGGGGAAGGUGAAGAAGGAGCUGGACCACGACGACAGCCACCUGACCUUGGAUGAGACGACCAAGCUCCUGCAGGACCUGCACGAGGCGCAGGCGGAGCGAGGCGGCUCCCGGCCGUCCUCCAACCUCAGCUCCCUGUCCAACGCCUCCGAGAGGGACCAGCACCACCUAGGAAGCCCUUCUCGCCUCAGCGUCGGGGAGCAGCCGGAUGUGACCCACGACCCCUAUGAGUUUCUCCAGUCUCCAGAGCCUGCGGCCUCGACAAAGAACUAGCCUUGUAGGUGGUUUCUAAUUGUUGUUUUUCUUUUUUAAGUUUUAAUUUGCGUGUGCAGAGG